UAUUGGAUGCAAGAAAAAUUAUUUUCCACGAUUUCUGCACCGAUCACCGGUUCCGCAUAGGCCAUAUAAAUUCAAGCUCUCAUUCCAUCAUUCGAACCGUCGCCAAGUUCGCCGGAGAAUCGGGCUCGGCCACCGCUCUCCGAUGAACGCUUCGUAGCACACGAUGGCGGAGCAAACGAGUGCCGCCGUGAACGACGGCGAACCAGAAUCGCGACAGAAGGAACACCGCACCAACAACGACAACAAGGAGAAGAGUUCAGAUCCAGAGCUAUUUUGCUGUUUGCUGCAGCCCGCAACCGCCGACGGCGAUCCCGAAUACAUCGGAAUUCGGCGCCUCCUCCUUCACCGCAAGGCCGAGGCCGGCGUUCUUCGCCGUAAAGAUUGGAGAUGCAAUGGAAAAACUUACGUGGCGUACCGGAAUUACAUAUGUAAGCCUAGGAACUGGGAAACUUUACGUGCCUCGAGCCUUCAAACUACUCCAGGAAACAGUGGCCGAUGGAUUUCAUCUUCAAGUCCACUCUCCCGUUGGUCUGAGGUGGACAGCUGGAGUUCUGGGCGGGAUGUGCUAAGUGCAAAUCCAGUAUCUAAUCAUAGAUCAAGUUUUGGCUCAAAUGCAAGUGACUCUGAUCGUCCGCGGCGUCAUGGGGUUGAGCCUGCCUAUUCUUUUGUAGGAAUGCAUUGCAUCUUUGAUCAAUGCAGAGCCUCUGUUACGGUGUUAAAGUUUGGGCACAUGAGUUCUGAUCUACUUGCUUAUGGGGCAUCAGAUGGAACCUUGACCGUGUGCAGUGUUUCUGACGCACCUUCAGUCAUCAAACAGUUAAACGGUCAUUCCAAAGAUGUCACAGAUUUUGAUUUUUCAUCAAACAAUCAGUACAUUGCAUCGUCUUCAUUGGAUAAAACUGUGAGAGUAUGGGAGAUAUACAAAGGCAUUUGCAUACGGGUGAUAUAUGGAGUUUCUUCACAAUUAUGUAUCCGUUUUCACCCUGUAAAUAACAACUUCCUUUCAGUUGGCAAUGCAAAUAAAGAAAUCAAUGUGUUUAAUUUUAGCACUGGAAGGGUAAUUAAUAAGUCAGUAUUUGACAGUGAAGUUACCUCUAUGGAUCACGAUCAUACGGGUCAUCUCAUAUUUUGUGGAGAUGCACAGGGAUGUAUAUACUCAGUAAAUAUGAACUCUCACACCGGUGGGUUGUCCCGCUCUCAUCGAUAUCGAAGUAGCAGCAAACACAAAUCUCCGGUCACAACAGUGCAGUAUCGGAGUUUCUCUCUGCUAGCUCGAGGACCUGUGUUGUUGACAUGUACCCAGGAUGGAAAUCUGUCUUUCUUCAGUGUGGCUUUGGAGAUUAAGGGUUAUUUAACACUUCGGUGCUCUCUCAAAUUAACUCCACGGAUACACAAAAUUCAAGCUUCUUUCUGUCCUCUUCUUUCCCUUGAAAAAGGUGAAUUCAUAGUUUCUGGAAGUGAGGACUCAAAUGUUUAUUUCUAUGAUUUAACAAAGCCAAAGCAUACAUGUGUGAACAAGCUACAGGGUCAUCGGUUUCCUGUUAUGGGUAUUGCUUGGAACCAUGGAGAAAAUUUGCUGGCGUCAUCUGAUUUUUAUGGCGUAGUAAUUGUUUGGAAGAGAGAAAAAGCAAAUCAAAACAAGAAUACAUAGCAUUAGAGAUUCAAAGCAUAUAGCUGAGGGCAUGGGAAGAUAGCUUUCCUUUUUCUUUUACCAUUCUCCUCUUGUAGCCUUCCUUUGUGCUAUUAAUUUUUUAUAUAAUCUUUGUAUCCAUAAAGAUAACCAAUUAAUCAUCCAUAGCCUCAAAGGAAACUGAAGAAAUUAUAUUCUGUAAGUGUAUUCCUGUAUUUUAUGAGCAAGAAAAUGUAUUCUUAGUGAGUCCUGAUUAGGGUUUUGUUACGAAUUCAGAGGAUUAUAUUUUAUUCUGACAUGGCUCACAUUGUAAUUUUGUACAAUCAAAUAAUAAGAUGUUUGUCUUGAACAAAA